AUCCGCUUCCUCCUCCCGCCCCCUCCCGCUUCUCUCCUUCCCCGCAGCCUCGCCGCGCCCCUGCUCGUCCACGCGUUCACUUUCACCGCCCCACGGCAAAGAGCGGAGCUGUGCUUCUGAGCUAGGAAUACGCCGCUCGACCCCGAUCCCCGCGACGCGCAUUUGCUGAGUCUGCCUGCUACGGACCACCGUCGAUGGCGUUCCUCGCGCCGCCGCGGUUCAAGUGCCCCCCUUCCACCCGCGCGGCGGUGUUCAGGGAGCCUGGCGGCGGCGCAGGCUCCCGCCCCGGUCGUGUAAAUUGCUCUGUGACAUCCACAGCAGUCGUCGAUGAGGAGCUUCUCGAGUGCUUAUCCGUCGGGCCGCCGCCUUCGCCUUAUCCAACCAUUCUGGGAGGUUUCGGUGAGGCGCUUCUCAACAAGGAGGCCAUGGUGGCGGCCGCGGCCGCGGAGGCCGUCGCUCUGGCUCGAGCGGCGGCCGAGGUCGCCGGAGAAGUCGCCCGGAUGGCGCAAAGGGACCACCGGACAGACUCACCUCAGCGUGAUGACUCGGAGGGCAGCUUCUUGGCAAGAGAGGUCCGCCGCACCGAGGCGGGUUGGGAGUCCAGGCGCGCCGGCCUCGAAUUGCUGGAGGGCGAAGAGUUCAGCAGCAUUUUCAGCGACGAGUCCGAGGAUGAAGGCGAGUGCACGGAGGGCGUCGUAGCGGUGAAGUCGGCGCGUCGGUUCGAGAGAAGGGCUCGGAGAGUGAGGGCGGCGAUGAAGGCGGCUAAGUCUUUCAGCAAGGGGAGACCCGUCGGAGCGGCGUCCUCGAGUAAGAAGCGGUUGAAGGGUUGCCGGAAUCCUCUGGGGUGCUUCUAUAAGAUGACCGGCCCGAGGCUUCUGACGGCGAAGCAGGAAGUCGAGUUCUCAGAAGGCAUUCAGGACCUCCUGAAACUGGAAGCCAUCCAAAAGGAGCUUGCACACUAUAACGGUGGGGAACCCACAUUCUCCCAGUGGGCGGCAGCAGCUGGAACUGAUGAGAACACUUUGCGGAAACGCCUGAAUUACGGAGUUUACUGCAAGAACAGGAUGGUGAAAUCUAAUGUGCGGCUUGUGAUCUCAAUUGCAAGAGAGCAUGAAGGCCCCGGAACGGAGUUUUCUGAUCUUAUUCAGGAAGGGAUGCAAGGCUUGAUAAGAGGCGCCGAAAAGUUUGAUGCUUCAAAGGGUUUUAGGUUCUCCACGUACUCUCACUGGUGGAUCAAACAAGCAAUACGCAAGUCUGUGUUAGAACAGACUCAGAUAAUUCGGCUGCCAUCUCACAUGGCCGACGCAAGCUCCCGAGUGAAGGAAUGCCGGCGCCGGCUCCACCGUCAGCUGAAACGGCUACCCAGCAACGAAGAGAUCGCGCUGGACACCGGCAUGCCGAUCCGGCGGGUGGAGGCGGCGAUGAGCCUCCCAAGGUACACCGUCUCCUUCACCAGCAAGGUCGGGUGCACGGACGUGACAUACCAGGAGAUCAUGCCGGACGCCAGCGUGGAGACGGCGGAGGAGGUGCUGCACCGGUGGCUGAUGAAGGAGGAGGUGGACAGGGCGCUGGGCAGCCUGAGCCCGCGCGAGAAGCAGGUGAUCCGGUACCGGUUCGGUAUCGAGGGCGGGCGGCCGCGGACCCUGCACGACAUCGGGCAGCUCAUGGGGGUGAGCCGGGAGCGGAUCCGGCAGAUCGAGCUGGGCGCGUUCCGGAAGCUGCGGGGCAAGGAGAAGGUGCAGUCGCUGCAGCACUACCUGCAGCCGGCGGAGAGCUGGUAGCGGCCGCGUCAGGGUGUCGUGCGACGGCCGCGGCCAUUCCUGACGAGUGACGACUGGUAUAUAUGUACACCGUCCUCUUCGAAGGAUUUUAACGUAUACGUCCGAUCCAUUUUGUUGUUCAUGUAUAGUACGUGUAUAAAGGAAAAUUUCCAGACGUAAAGGACACACAUCAUUAACGUACAUACGAUGAAACCAGCAGGCUGUAUUAUACAGCUCA